AUGCGCGUCAUCACUGCUCUUGGCCUCGCUGCCUCUCUGACCGGCAUGGUCGCGGCCCGUCCUCACGCCCACGGUCACGGUCACCAAGCCGCACACGCCGCUCACGCCGCCCAGGAGAAGCGUGAUUUCAUUCUCGACAUUGUCACUGAAUACGCCUUUGUCACCGUCUACCCCGAUGGUAGCCCCGUCGCGGAGCCUACCACCACCUCGACCCCUGUCGCUGUGGAAACCACCCCCACCCCAACACCUACUUCCUCCACCCAGGCCAUCGCUGUCGAUCUCGCCAUUGAGGUCCCCUCCAGCAGCAGCAGCAGCAGCAGCAUCAGCAGCACCGUGGUUCCCACUACCAGCAGCAGCAUCGUCGAGAUCUCCACCUCUACCCCUGAGCCUACUACCACCGCCACCCCUACCUGGACUACUUCUACCACCAACGUUGCCAGCUCCACCAGCGAUGUCGUUGAGUCUGCCACUGCUACCAGCGGCUCCGGUGUCAAGAUCUACAACAACAUGAACGAGACCGUCUACCUGUGGACUACUUCCGAGGUUAGCGAGGGCAUGAACACUCUGAUCCCUAAGGGUGGUUCUUACUACGAGAACUGGCAGAUCAACUCUGAUGGUGGUGGUAUCUCCAUCAAGAUGGGUACUGACACUGAGGAGCAGUCCGUCCUGCAGUUCGAGUACACCAAGGAGGAUGAGACCCUCUGGUGGGAUAUGUCCUCCAUCAACCUUGACAAGGACUCCGCUAUUGUUAAGUAUGGAUUCGCUGUUACCUCCAACGACGCCUCCUGCUCCACUGUCACUUGUGAUGCCGGUGAUUCCGACUGCUCAGAGUCAUACCAGCACCCCGAUGACAUUGACACCCUCAGCUGUACUUCCAGUGCGGCCUUUGUCCUUACUCUUGGUCUUGACUAA